AGAUCCGUUACUAGUGUGCAGGUAUCUUCCGGACCCACACCAAUCGGAAACUCUAAUAGCCUAUUCACUGCUAUUGCGAGGCUGAUCGAUCCACGCGCAGGCUGUGUGUGAGCUCCCGCGUUACGCGCGUUACGGUGCCCCCCGCCACUGUUAGUACGCUACGGGUUGCUUGUGUCGAUUCCUCGAGGAAUCCUCGUACCAGCGUCUCUCUCCUGGGCGUUGGAUCCGCAUCGAAUUCAGGAGGUCUCAGAUUCUCCCUCUCGUUCUCUCGAUCUCUCGUUCUCUCGUUCUCUCCUCCUCCCUUUCUCUCCGCAUCGCUUUCUCUCCGCCUCGCUUUCUCUCCUCCUCGCUUUCUCUAGACGUUCUCGACGGUUUCACAACCUUCCUCUGGAUCCGCGUCAUGGCUUCGCAACUACGAAAUCCGCGAUAAAAGCAUCAGUCUAUGGCGUUCUCGACGGUUAUAGCUGAUGUCGGAUCCGCUAGGGUCACAGUCACAGACCGCACCACUGCACGCACUCGCCCACAAGUGCGUUAGCUAGCUAGAGCGACGAAGCGGCCGGCGACGAUCGUCGGUCUAAAGCAGCACUGAUACUUCUCACCGUCCCUGAAUUCCAACCCAGCGCGUUCAUCCUUCCGCAAGUCACACCGUAGCAAAGUCAGUCUGGUCUCACCCGCAGAGCCUCACCCAGAGGAGGUACGAAGGAGGCCCGGCGGAGGAGGAGGCACGGCGGAGGAAGCUCGGCGGAGGAGGAGACCCGGCGGAGGAGGAGGCCCGGCGGAGGAGGAGGCUCGGCGGAGUAGGGAGGCGGCAUGUCGAUGCGCAUCAAGGAGGUGGUGGAGAAUUUCGUGAAGGAGCUGCGCGUGGCCAUGGAGGCGGACAUCCAGGACCGCGUGCUCAAGGAGCGCGAGAUGAAGCAGUACCUGGAGGAGAGGGAGCGGGAGGUGGCGGAGCGGGAAGCGGCCUGGAAAGCCGAGCUCACGCGGAGAGAGGCGGAGAUUGUGAAGCAGGAGGCGCGGCUGCGCGCGGAGCGGGAGAACCUGGAGAAGGAGAAGCGCAUGCUCAUGGGGACGGCGUCGAACCAGGAGAACCAGGAUGGAGCGCUGGAGAUCACAGUGAGUGGGGAGAAGUACCGGUGCCUGCGCUUCGCCAAGGCAAAGAAAUGAGGUGUUCUUAGACCCACUGCACGCCCAUUGCACCGCACCGCACCGCACUGCACUGCACUGCACUGCACCCCAGCUGGAUCUGCGCUGGACUCUGGCAGUUCGGCAGGGGUUUCCCGAAGGAGAGAAGAGAGGGACGGGCACUGGGACAGCAGGGGAGACUUUUGAGUCGACUCAGAGGUGACGAGGUGAUCUUGUUGUUUGGAGGAGUAGAUUCUCCAGGAGGACGGACCCUGGGGCAGCUGGGGCAACCGGGGCAGCGGUGGCAGCAGCAGCAGCAGCAGCAGCCCCACCUGGAAGAUGGAAGUUGAGGGGAGGGUAUGGGGUACAGGGUGUUGGGCAUGGGCGGAGUUUUGAGGUUCCGGUUGCCUCGCUUACCGCUUUCAUGGGUGUUGGGAGGCGUGGGUUGUGGCUUCGGUGUUUCCUUGUGGGGAAUGGAGGAGGAGAGAGCUGGGGCAGCAGGCUUGUGUGGAAUGGGGGGGGAGGAGUAGGAGGGGGGGGGCCGGGUGCAGCAGCCCUAAGUGGGAGUGUGCAGCUGCUGUGGAAUUUCGAUGAUGGCAGCACUUCCAGUGCCCCAUCCCCCGAUUCAGCAUUGUGGUUGUAGUACCUGUGGUGCUUUAUCCAGGGAGUUGCGGUUGCUGUGGCGGCUGUGGCGGCUGUAAGCGGCUGUGGCGGCUGUGGCGGCUGUGGUGGCUGUGGCUGCUGUGGCGGCUGUGGCUGCUGUGCUGCAGUGGCGGCUGUGGCGGCUGUGGCUGCCGAGGCGGCUGAGGCUGCUGUGGCGGCUGUGGCGGCUGUGGCGGCUGUGGCGGCUGUGGCGGCUGUGGUGGCUGAGAGAGACAUUGAUGAGUUCCAGUCACAGCGAGCGGCAAGGCACUUCGCUGUCCAGGUUGGCUGCCGCAGGAGCAGCAUCUUACAUACACGGUACCCUAAAUCCUGGAUUGAGAUUGUGUUUCUCCAGUAGUCAGGAAGGGGUGCGUUGUUGUACUGGUAGUAGGUCAAUCAAUCUUUACGAUUAGGUAGAGUGGAAAGGUAGGCAGGAAUGAGUGUUAAGACGUUUCAGCUAUUGGCUGGCAGUGAGCAAACGGUCUGGGCUGCGAUGUGGGUUAGAAGUUUUGAUACCAACACAUAUCCUCACAAUAUUGAGUACAGGUCUUUAAGUAACA